AUGGGUCUUCGUCCUUUGAUUCGGAGAGGCCGUGCGGUCUUCCGCCGCAUCAAGCUCGACCAGGUAGAGGCUGCUACAAGCAGCUCCGUCGAUGCGGACGUUUCCAGAACUACCGUUGAGCCGGAAAAGAGCCAUGAUAGAGAAGCACAGACUCCUCCGGCUGAUUCCGAGACAGUUGUCGCCACAAACGGUAAAGGAGUUGCGCCCGUUCCCUAUGAUGAGCUCCAAACCGGUGUCAGGGAUGUCGAAGCCCUUGCUGAGACCUGGUCCAAGGGAGCCUUGAUCGCGGUCUUUAUCAACAUCUGGUUCCUUUACUUUGUCUAUGCUUUCGUCUCCUCGGUCAACGGCAGCUUGUACAGUUAUGUCGCGAGUUCAUUCCAGCAACAUUCACUUUCCAGCCUGCCCACCCAACUCUCCGAUGCUUUCUCAGCUGCAUGUUUUAUUCCCGUCGCCAAGGUCCUUGACACCUGGGGUCGUCCUCAGGGCUUUGCCUUGAUGUCUUGCUGCGCCACUAUUGGUAUCAUUCUGAUGGCCUCCUGCAACAGUUUUGCGGUCUAUUGUGCUGGAAACAUCUUCUUCUACAUGGGCUUCGGUGGUAUGGAAUACUGCGUCGAUGUUAUCACCGCCGACAUGUCCCAGCUGAAGAACCGAGGAUUGGCCUACGCCUUCACUUCCUCUCCCUUCAUCAUCACUGCAUUCGCCGGCCCCAAGGUUGCGGACGAAUUCUACUACCAAGUCAGCUGGCGAUGGGGUUAUGGCGCCUGGGCAAUCAUCUUCCCGUGUUUCGCUGCUCCUUUGUACUUCACCCUGAAAUGGAACCUUAACGAGGCGAAGAAGCAGGGCAAGAUUGUCCGAGAGGAGAGUGGCCGGACUUUGCCCCAAAGCAUUUGGCAUUGGUUUAUCGAGUUUGAUUUCAUCGGUGUCUUGGUGUUUACUGCCGGUCUCGUCCUGUUCGAGCUGCCCUUCGAUAUCGCAAGUGAAGCUCCUAACGGCUGGGGAACUGGUUAUAUUAUCGCUAUGAUUGUGGUCGGGUUCUCCAUGCUCUUCUUCUUCGCGAUAUGGGAGAGAUACCUUGCGCCGAAGCCUAUGAUGGACUUUACCUUCCUGACUGACCGGACGGUCAUCGGUGCCUGUCUUCUGGAUGCCACGUACCAGCUCUCCAACUACUGUUGGAGCAUGUACUUCGCAAACUUCUUGCAGGUUGUCAAUGACCUGAGCAUUACCACCUCCGGAUACGUUACCAACGUCUUCGACGUCGUUUCGGGUCUUCUUCUCCUCGGUGUCGGUUGGGUUAUUCGCCGCACUGGUUACUUCAGGUGGCUCUUGUACAUCGCUGUGCCUCUGUAUAUAUUUGCACAAGGCUUGAUGAUCUACUUCCGCCGUCCUGAUCAGAGUGUUGGCUACCAGGUUAUGUGCCAGAUCUUCAUUUCCAUUGGUGGUGCGGUCUUCAUUAUUGUCGAGCAGCUCGCUAUUUUGGCUGCCGUCGACCAUCAAUACGUUGCUACUGCCCUUGCUAUGCUGAACGUUGUGGGCACUAUCGGUGACUCUGCCGGUAUCACCAUUUCCACCGCGAUCUGGACCAACACCUUCGAGCCUGCUCUGCAACGCUACCUCCCCGAGUCGGCCUUGUCUGACAUCGACAACAUCUACGAGAAUAUUGAAGCCCAGCUCAGUUACCCCGUCGGAUCUGCUGCAAGAAUCGCCAUUCAGAAGGCUUACUCCUACGCCCAGGUCAGAAUGCUUGCAGCUGGGUUAGGUGUCAUGGGUCUCGGACUCAUCUGGACGUUCGUGAUCAAGGACAUUAAUCUUAAGAAGAUCAAACAGGUCCACGGCACUAUCUGGUAA